AUGGAGGCCUUUGCACCCGGAGCCACGGUGAUCCACUCCGUUAGCCAGAAAGUGCACAAAGUUGGCGAUGACCGCCGGCUGCUGUGCCGAGCCCGUGUUGCCGAGCAGAUGCUGCGUCUCUUGGAAGUCCCGGAGACCAUGUCCAGCUCGGAGGAGACAGCAAUGGAGCCGGUCCAGGAGGAGGAGCCGAACAGCCGAUCGCCAGCCUCUUUCCAAAGCUCCCGCUCGCGGUGCAGCUCUUUCGCCAACACGUCACAACCACUUCCUGGAGGAGCCGGGUACGAGCGGGUACGAGGUGUCCAACUUGAGCAGCAGCGGCGUGGGCCGAAUCCCCGUGUGCCACCCGUCUCCUUCGGGACCACCUUGCAAGGGCUUGGCCGUUCCUACAGCGGCAUAGUGCUCAAGCCCGCCGAGCCGACAGAGCCCGGGAAGAAGCGGGCGAAGACCGAGCCCGUGCCUUGGGGAGUCUUGCCAGCAAUGGUGCGUGCUGAGUUGCAGCGGGGCAUUCCGAUCCAUCUCGCCGGCAAGAGUGUGGCGGCUCUUUCACCGACGACUCGAGCCGUCGCCCAGACCGGCAUCGCGGAACAUGAGGUCAACGUGGUGCGCCCGGAGUUCACCAUCGGCAAGGCCAUGUUUUCGCACCAAAAGCUGGGCGAGCUGCCGAAGCAGGUCCCGGCCUUCCUGAUCAGCCGCUCAGACACGCUUGCCCAGACCGUUACGGUGGAGCUUGACCAUUCGUUCAUGCAGAUUGCCUUUUGCUCGAGCCAGAGGACAGCUAGGACCAGCAGGACGACUGCCGCCAUGAGCAGGCCUCCAGCAACAUCGCGCAAGGUCGGGCGCGUGGUGGUGCUACUGGCGCUGUUCCUGGUGUGUUUGCCAGAGCCUAAGACCAGCGCAUUGAACAGCGUUAGAAGUGUUCCCGAGCAGCUUCAGGCGAGCAACGCGGACGGCGCGGGCUUUGCUUGGAGCGGGGGCCGUGCCGUUUUCGAGGUGGGAUGUGAUGUAUGGCAUGGAGUGCCGAAGAUGCGCAAGCCAGAGCGAGGCGACGACCGAGGCGUUCUUGCUGGUGAGGGCUUCACAGUUCUAGCAAGCUUCGAUCAGGCGGUGAAGGCUGCCUCAGCACAGACUGCUGACCCGGUUGAAGAUGCCAAGCAGGCUGACGAGCAGCUGCAGCAGACGGUUCAGGAGACAGAGGAGAUCAAGCAGGACGAAGGCUUCGACGAAUCCACCGAGAAGGUUGCUAAUGCGCGGAAGUUUCUGGAGCUGGCUUUGGCGAGAUGGGUAGGCGCCGAGGAGGAUCUGAAGGAGGCGAGAGCGGCGCGGGCCUUUGCAUUCGAACAGUUUCGAGAAGCCGUACGGAACGGCGACGAAGAUGAGAAAAGGACUUGGGAGCAGGAGCGCAAGGAGGCCAAGGCAGAGUUCGAAAAGGCCAAGGCAGAGUUCGACGAGGCCAAGGAGGAGGCCAGAAAGGCCAGGGAGGAGCUCGAGAAAGCCAAAUCAACAGCACCCCUUCAGGCCGGCGGUGCUUUUGCGCUUCUGCGUGUGCAGUUCGUGCAGUCCACCAUUGUUGGUUUUUGGGGUCAUGCUCUCCUCUCAGCAAGGAUUCCGCUCGUCGCUAAGCUUCACUGUGUUGGCUUGCAGCUCUUCGGGGAGUGGCCUGUUUUGCGCCUGCUUUGCGCUCUCCAGGUUGCGGUUGCUUUCGUUUGA